CACACACGAGCAUAUGCAGUUAUGUUUACGAGAAAAUGAAACCGAAAGAAUAUAGGUCGUGUUUCACUUAUGAAUAUGGCUUCGAACUAUCAAGAGGAUUCGGAUGAAGGCAGCAACGAACAGUCUAGUGAAAGCUGCGCAGAAUACAAUGACAGUGACACAGAUUCUGAGGCAGACAGAGAUUCUGGCUCUGAAAGUGAAGAAGACGCACAAACAUCUAGCAAGCGGAAUGUCUGUAUGAAUUACAAUCGUGGUCACUGCCGUUAUGGAGACAAAUGUAGGAAUGAGCACAUAUGCAAUGACUUCCUGAAGGAUUCGUGCAAGUUUGGUGCCGGGUGUCGUCUCAACCACAACGUUCAGAGUUCAUCGUCAAGACAAGGCGGAAGAAGAAGCAUACCCUCAUCUGCAGAAAUAGAGACUGAUGAAGAAUUUGAUGGGCCCUACAAAUGGCAGUUGAAUAUUGGAAAGGGCUGGAAGAACAUUUCCAAUGAUCACAUUCUAGAAGCCCAAUAUUCACUCCCCAACAUCAAAGGAAUCAAGAUCUAUAACACCCAAGCUGGGGUUAUUUCUAUUGAUUUCACUAAAAUGAGAGUUCUUCAGAAAACAAAUAUUAAAGUGCGGCGUAUGAGCGCAAACGAUACAGAAUGGCUGUGGUAUUACAGAGGUGACCACUGCUGGUAUCAGUAUGGAGAGAAGGGCAAAGCCAGUCCAAUUCAGAGCUCAAAACUGGAGAAGAAGUAUCAAAACAACCGCCGUGGCUCAGUCAAGUUCACCGUCGACUCGACCCAGUAUGAGAUUAGCUUUAAAGAAAUGCUUCAGAGAAAUUUACCUACAGGCCGUAAGAGGCGGGUUAGACGCCGCCCUAAAUAUGAACCAUCUCCAAAUGGAGGAUUACGUGGAAUAACCUCCCAAUUAAAAAACAUGUUCAGCCCUUCAACAAAUAAAACUCCAGAGUGGCAGUUUAAAGGGAAAAAUCAGUGGUACACCUUCAAUAACACGGGUGGUUGUUCAGUCUCAAGUGCUGACAUUGAGAGGUGUUACCAACAAAACCAAACGACCAUGAAUUUUACUGUGAGCAGUGACAGUUACACUCUGGAUUUUGCAAAGAUGAGUCAAGUUAACCAGAAAACAAAGGCCGAACGCAAGGUCAGGCGUGUGUAAAAGUAAAAAGGGCGCUCAAGGUCUUGCAGAAGAUGUUGGCUGAUACUCAAGAUCCAAACAAGCAAAUAAGAGUCGAAUCUGGGGUGGAAGUAAACACAACGUUAUUUAGUGAUUUUGGCUGAUAUGAAUGUUAGUGAUUGUGAUUUUGAAUGUUUUAUCCGGAAUUAGUGUAUUAUUUGGUAAACUGCCUGUGGAAAAUAGAAAUUCGAAGUCUUUAUUCAGGUAUUUUGACCGAUGUUAAGUUUAUAUGAAUUAUUUUAAAUGCUGCUUCCCAUCAACUUGAAGACAAAUAUGAAACGUGCCUAAAGCAACCUAUUUUUUGCUUUCUGUUUAUCUUAAAGAAUUCCAUACUUUAAACUGCUAUCAUUUUUGGUUAUUCUAUAAUUACUCUUACUAACCAAUGUGCCUGAACAAUACAGGCAUUAUACUGCGUCAUUUUGCUAGUAUUUACUCUAAGUGCAUGUUGGUAACUGCCUGAGAACCAAUGUUUACCCACUGCUUGUGAAACUUUUUCCAGCUGAUCAGUUUCAUUUUCCAUCUUUAGCAUUUACAUACUCACAGACGUGCUCAAAGGAUUUUAAAAAAUCAAGGAUACACGCACUGUGUAAAUAUUGAGCAAUGUGCAAUACAAUCUACAAUAUCAUCCGAUGCACGAUGCAGCAUAUUUUUACAUUACAAUAUGCAAAAUGUACAAUGAAUCAAUGUUGCAUCAAAUGAUUAAUUAUGACAUUAUGAACAAUCAUUUGGGUGAACCUGUUUUUACUGGGGGUUUUAAUUACAAACUGAACUGUUUACUUGGGUAACAACAUGCUAUGCAAAGUGUCUGUAGUGUCAUAUGGAUGCCUUUAUAUGCAAUAAUUGAUGAAAAUAAAAUGAUAAAAUGA